AUGUCACGAAUAUCGGAUAGAAUUUCCGGCAUUCUGAAGCUAGCCGAUAGUUCGAAAGUGGCUGACAGAAAGAAAUUUGUAUCUGAGCUAAAAGAUUUAUAUCAAAAUGACGAUGUUCUCAUAGAGAUAUGCCAGAAUACUGAGAGCAAAGUUUCAGGAAAGGUCAACUGGCACUGUAUUAUAUCCAUAGUCCACAAGCUAAUUACUGAUGAAGCAGAGAAACCUAGUAAAGAAACAAUUGCUAAGAGCAGUGAAAGGCAAUCUCUUUGUGAAUUGAUGACGGACACAAUUCGUCGAGCCAGUGAGAAGUCAGCUGAAUAUUUGAAAAGCAGUGAUAUAGUCUCUCGAAUAUUACAAAUAUUAGACUCUAAGAUCUAUGUGCAUUAUCAGGAUACAUAUUUGGGGAUAUUAGUGAAAUAUGUAUUGCCAAGAAGUACAAAUCAUAGGAAUAUUAUGCCAGAGCAAUGGGAGGAACUAUUGAAAAUUUGCACCAAGCUGUAUAAAAAGACACAUCUUCAAAGCCAUAUUGUAUUAGAUGCGUUGCAGAUGAUUGUCAAUUAUUCUUUCUUACAUACGAAUUUAUUUUUUUACGUGAAAGAUUUGUUAUUAUUUUUGGAAAAUGAGGUUUUAAAAGAUGUGAAAGCAAACAACGAGCAGUUAACAGAAUCUUUCUACAAACUGAGUAGCAGUGUAUGCAGACAAAUCAUCACAGAAUCCAGAAUUGCGCUCUGCAAGUUUAGUGAAAGCACAUCGAUGAAUAUCUUAAGUUUGAACGGCUCUGAAGAAAAAUAUAGGCUGCUAUUGAUCUUCGUACAGAUUCACCAUCCAGAGGGUAUCUCAAAGCAUGACGAUGGCGCUUUUGCAUUUGAUUGGGAUAAAUGGAGAAAUUUGCUGCGUAACAUGUAUUUGCUUGUCCAGGAGAAUUGCAAAUUGGACGUGCAGUGGCGCAGUUUUAUUCAGUUUGCUAGUGAAGUCAUAAAACAGAUAAUGGAUAACUCAGUAAAUUUCAUUGGCUGUCUCGAUGGCUCUUAUUCUCAAUCAACCAAACGCAGACGAAUAAUGAACAGAAUUGAAAACAUCGUCGACUUGGUAACGAACAGCAGCCCUGAGGAAGUAUGGUCGUUGUUAAGAAUUCUUAUCGAAAUGUUAAGAAAGUAUCCACAGUGUCUGAGGUCGCAAGAUCUCGCGCCCCUGCUGCAACAUUUAACGGAACUCGCUGUGUCUCGAGAUGAGUCUAUCAUGGACAGUUUGUACAAUCUAGCUGCUGUCCUCAUGAAAAUUGAGAUAUCCAAUGGAGAAGAAAUACAAGACGCGACAAUUCACUGGAACAAGAUUUGGGAUAUGCUUCUUAGAUCUCUAGGAGCGAACCAGAACGAGGAAUCGGGUCAUUCAUUAAUCCGCUGUUUCGUAAGAUACAAUAGACUGCCAAAUGCAAACGCUCUCCUCAGAUUGUAUCUGACCAAGGCGAUUCGUUGGUCACCGAACAGCGUACAUACACUGCGACACUUAUGUGAGCGUGUCUCUCUACUGGUGGACGCGACCACAUCAGUGCUAGAUUCGUCGCCCUCAAUGAUGACGCCAAUCUGUGAUAGAACGCGUCUUCUAGAAUGGCUAUUGAACAUUCCACAUCAUACAUGGCAAAAGUUGGCGACGCGACUGUCCGUCGAGACUAUCGAGGAUAUUUGUGCGUUGUCCGUAAACCUCGUUCUGAAAUCUCGUUACAGACAAAAUACUAAGACUGAGCAGAAAUCCUUGCAAAACCACGAAAAAGUGCGCGUGAUCACUUUCGUACCUCAUCGAGAUAUCCAUUCAACAGAGCUUCUGCAACUCUGUCAUGCAUCUUUGACGUUCAAGAUAGCGUUGUCGAUGUAUUCAAAGAGUAAAUUUGUUGAACGAAAUUCCGGGGUAAUGUCCAACACUGAAAAUCCCGUCUCCUAUGUACAGGAAGUAUUUAACUUUUUGAUAAAGCAAAUGCACAAUAUUAUUCAAGAAGAAGACUGCAACGACGAAAAUAAAGAUACAUGUGAAGUUUAUGUUGUACUAAUGAAGCUCAUGUUUCUGGCAAGAUUAUUGUCUAUUUUGAAGCAACAGAAUAUUUUUACGACGAAGGAUAUCGCUGGCUACUGUCCAUUAAUCGAUGCAAUGGAAAAACAAUUGAAUGACAGCUACGCAGUUCUAACGAAAAUUGACUGGACUAGGUGCAAAAACAUAUUCUUGCUGAGCGUAACCGGAGCAUUGAGGAUGCUUUAUGGAGCAACCUAUGAUACGGAAAUUGCUAAAAUAAUUGUCUCUGCAUCUACAAUGGACAUGAUAAAAAAUAUAUUCGAUCUUUUGAAUCUAGAUGACAAUUAUUAUAAAUACGAUUAUAAUGAGGAGCCUAACACUUAUCAGGGAAGACGCAAGCGGAACGCUACUAUGUAUCUGGAGACAUCAGAUUCAAAGCCAAACUAUCCACGCGAAGGUGUGAUUCGUCUACAGAUGGUAGAGGCCUUAUCAUCUUUCUGCGCUUUACACAUCGACGCAAACCACAGCAAGUCCACAUUGCAGAAAAAGAUGAUGCAUAAUUUGCUGACUAUGCAGCAGGAUUUUACAAGCUACGUGGAUUCUAGAAUGUCACUGCUGAUCCUUGAAUCGCUCGUUACACGUGAUCAUGACGAGAUACAGCGCGAGUGCGUGGAUACGCCGUUGGUAUUUCUGUUGGAAAUAUGCCAGAAAGGUUGCAAGGAUGAGGAAUCGUUGCAACGGCUAUUAAAUCUGCUACCAUACUUCUUUGAAUACGCGAUUAAACAUGGUUAUUUUCCCAAAACAAUCGUUCAGGCGCUCGAGUAUCUUCACAAGCGCAUUUAUGAUCGAAAUUGUAGCGUUCUCAUACAUACGAGCUACAUGAAAUGCGCAUGCAGUUUUGUACGGAUCGAUCCGAACUUUUCGUGGAAUAACGUUCACAUUUCCAAUGAUGAUGACGACGUUUUAACGAUACUUGAUAGCAUCCUUAAUUACAUUGGUGAUACACUGUUUGUGCUCCGGUCGCAAGCAAUGCAAUGUCUGCAAGAGAUUCUAUCCUUCAGAAAUAUCGCUCAUAAAUGGAAGGAACACAUCUUCGUCAAGGUGGAGGAAACAGUAUUCAUGCUGCUCAAUGAAGCUGAGCAGUCGAGUUCCAACUUGCAGAACAACAGUUUGAAAGAAAGUCAACUGCAAGAUGAAAAGGAGACCAGGACAGUCACUGCGUUGAUCGCGCUGGCCUCCGUGGCAUGCGCCAGUGGAGUUCUUCAGGGUCGCGCCCUUUGUACGAUGUUGCGACUAACGACAGAAAAACAAGUGAACGUGCAGAUGGUGCGGAAGGUUCUUUUGGCGGCGGCGCAGUACACGACGACGUACGUGUCGCUCAUUGAAGAUAACUUGAAUUAUUUGCUAACUUCUUGGAUCGAGGACGCGCAUUAUCAAUUGCAGAACUUUCCAUGGAUGCUUACGGGAUGCGAGACUAUCGACGAAUUCUUUAGAAAAAAUAUCAACUGGAUUGUCCCGGUUCUACUGCGCACUUCGGACAUUGACGAGACCACGUCCUUUUGUGUGAAUCGUGCUGAUGUGGCCUUUAAUAAAGUCUUCGAGGAUGUUUUCCCGUCCUGCUUCGUAUGGCUGAUAUCGCGCGCCAUUGUAUUCGAUAAUGAUACAAUGCGCAAAUUGAUAAAUAAUACGGACGAGUUUGCAGACACGAAAAAUUUCAAUCAGCUAUUCCGUUCUCGCUUGCAAGACGUUCUUGUAGAACUAAUACGGCGGUUACAUGAUGAAGAUGACUUCAAGAAGAUACUCUCGAUCUCAUUUACGUGCUUCCCGGCAACGGAUCCGCCGCAUUUCUCACGAGCCAUACUGGAUCUAUGCUUUGAUUAUCUAGAAUCGUAUCAUUCCCUAAACACACACAUGCUGGUCGAACAACAACCGGCGAUGCUGCAAAAAACACUGUUGCGGCUUGUAAGCGCUGUACACUUGUCGCGCUCCCGCGAGGAUAAGCUCAAGCGGCUGCAUCAAUACAUGUACUUCUGCUCGCGACUAACACACGAUCUCUCGAAAUCCGUUUUCAAUGAGAUGGCUUCAUUCCUGAUCCGGGAUGUGUGCUACAGCUUGUUGCAUCUCACGAGGAAUGACGGUGAUGGCGACGAGACGCUUGUUGCGGCAUGCUGCAAGUUCCUGGACCUGUUUCUGAGACAAGCGCUGCCCGCAAGAGCCAUGGAAGUACAAGAUGUCCUCCGGUUUAUCGUGGCAAACCUAAUCGGCUUGGCACAAUCAAGAACGAGCAGCAUCAGCGAGAUAGCUGCGAGUCUACUUAGAUUUCUCGUUGUGGAGCAAAGAAACGUAUUACGAGAAGCCAUCGCAAAACUCGGCUCAUUUCCGAAUUAUGAGAUCUUCCGAGAUGUAAGGGAAGCUCAUAACGCUAUCAGAUUGGAUAACGAAUCUGCGUUAUGCCUUGAAAGCGAGCUGGAACGUUUUCUGAACGCCAUGAGUGAGGAAAAUGCCGAGUGCACGCUGGAAGAUCUCGCGAAUUUCACGCAACAGUUGACGAUGAGAAAAUGUGAGCUGCGAGAACUGCAUCAAAAAUUGCAGAGGCCGUAUCCUGAGGAUGAUAUUAACAUCCUGCAUCGAUUAAUAUUCAGACUCAUCAGACUAACAGAAUCGCCUAACCCACGCGUGUCAAUGGAGGCCACGAAAUGCCUUGGCGAACUAGGUCCGAUGGACUCCACAAUGGCUUUGCAACCGGCCGGAAGUUUCGUUCGGGAAGCGGACUAUGCGAUAGAAGCUCUGACUUAUCGAUCGGUUGCGAUGUUGACGAGUUUUCUCGUAGAGAAUUCAGUGGAACUUCGCAAGGUAUGCGCUGAAGCCCUUUACGCGGUGCUGUCGACCUCCAAUGGUCGGAAAUUAUUUGACCUCAAAUACUCAACAGACCUGUCCAACAUCCUCGAGUGCGCAUCUCUGAAGAUCGAUUAUAUUCGACCGUUUGCUCGUGGCCGUUGUAUCAAGCAGACGGUCUUCUGUGUGGACACUGCAAAAUUUCGCGUUGUCAUGAAUCCAGAAAACGAGCUGUGGACGGUCCAAAACAAUGAGAAUUACGCCGAAUGGAUCAUCAAAGUUACUUGCAGCAUCGCCGAAUGCUUCGUAGACUCCUACUUGGAGAACUUCCUCUCGGUUUGUCGACUCAGCGUCGAAUUCUGUGAACUGAUUUUACCAAGAAUUAUUUACCUCGUCAUCCAUGAGAACGACAGAUUUAUCGAUACCAUAUGUGAUUGCGUUAAUCAAUUUUUUAGGCAACACUUUGCAAUUAAUGAGGCGGAUACCACUACAUCGUUGAUGUCGAGAAGUGAUAGUUACGACCAGAAAAUUGUACGCCGCAUGUUGGACGUGGUGAAUCACAUACGCGCCCAGCUGCCGGAUGGCACGACGUUAAGACUAGAUUAUGUCUACCUGGCCAGAGCGGCGCACAAGUGCUCCGCAUACUAUACAGCACUGCUGUUCGCACAACUUGCCUGCGGGUCAAUCUCGACAGACUAUCCGGACUUCAGUAGUGACUCGAGGAUUGACUAUAUCUAUGAACGCCAGCCAGAAAUUGGCCGAGUGCUACAAAACAUUAUGCUGGACACCUACUUAAACAUUAGCGAUCCGGAUGCUAUAUCCGGGGUUGGCUCGUCGCAUGUGCUUGAUCAUGAUUCCCGUGUGCAAUACUAUGCCCGUACCAAUCGCUGGGAUGAAGUCAUUCUCGCGCAGGACAUCGAGUUGUCCCAUCACGAUUACUCGUUGUUGGCAAACACCAGGAUGGAGAUGGCAAACGCGUUACACCGAUCAGGACUGCAUUUUCUCCAGUGGCAAUUUCUGGGCGGUAACCUGGAUGAGAAAUUUAGUUAUGAGUGCGCUUGGAGACUAAGCAAAUGGGACCUACCCGUUAACGAUGAAACCGUCUCCAAUUAUAACGACUUCCAAUCUCAGCAAUUACGAGUGGAGUCACUGGAAAACGCGUUCCAUGUUCAUCAUUAUCACGCACUGAAGUGUUUCCACGAGAACGACCGGCGAGGCAUAGAUCGGGCGAUCGAGUGCGGCCGUAUGAGCGUGAUACACGAGCUGCGAAUGAUCAGUUCUGAGAGUAGUAAGAUCGUCAAUCAGAAGCUAUCGCAAUUGCGAUUGUUGCGUGAGAUCGAGCAACUCAGCUUGGCAGCUGAUUCUUCAGACAAAAAGUAUUUGGAAAUUUUGCGACGCUGGAAUGAACAUAAAAUCAGCUUAAUCGGUCAAUUUGACCACGUCGAGCCGAUCCUGAGGCAGCGUAUCAUCAUGUUUCACAUCCGUGAAUCUCUACGGACGAAUGCAGACGUGCAGAAAGCAUUUUUUGAUACUUGCCUGGACUUGGCAAAGAUUGCAAAGAGUCAAGGGUAUUUCUCGAUAGCCACCCGAGCGCUGAGAACUCUCGAGUUGCAUCAAAAUCUGUCCACGAAUCUAAAGGAUCAACUGCUCUAUCAAGAAUCGCUCUUGAAGUGGAUGAAUGGUGAGCAGGUGAUAGCACGUCAUCUAUUACGGAGCCUAAUCGAGAAGAAGAAUCCAAAACCAAAUCUGAAAGCUAAGGCUCUGCGAGUCUACGGUGAUUGGAUGGCGGAAACUAAGUCUGAAAAUCCUCAGGCAGUGAUACAAAAGUAUUACCUAGUAUCCAUUGAGAUCAGCGAAGCUAUCGACGAGCAAACAUCCGAUAUUAUUGAAAAUUUACAUGACACGCAGGUUGCAUUGGCGCGCUUUGCCGAUGCACAGUACCAACAAAUCAGUACAUACAUGAAUUCGCCGACAUACGAAGCUCUGAAGGAAUAUGCUUGUAGCAGUACGGAUAAGGUGGACCACGCGCAGAUGAUGAGUAAUCAGUACCUCAAGCGCGCCGUGAUAAUCAGUCAAAAGCAAUCGACGAAUGACGCGGCCGAGCUGAAAAACAUUGAACAGGAGAAGCGCAAUUAUCUCGCACAAGCUUUGAAAUACUAUUUAAAGACGUUGCGCAGCAGCGAGAAGUACAACUUGUUAAUCUUCCGGCUAGUAGCACUCUGGUUGGACAACAUGUGCGACGACGAGGUGAAUGAGAAGCUGUUAGACGAGCUGGACACCGUGCCUUCGUUUAAAUUUGUGCCGCUGGUGCCUCAGUUGGCUGCUCAUAUAAGCAAUGAUAUUAAGCAACAGCACAGCUUUUCCGCACGAAUCUUUCGAAUCCUUGAACGAUGCGCCGUGGAACAUCCAUAUCAUACAUUGCCUGUGGUACUGGCGCUAAAGAACUUACACAGUGAUGACGAAUAUGAAUCGGGUUCGACAGGUGCGAAGAAGGAAGAGCGUCGCGUGCUAGGUGCCAAGAAGCUUCUCACCCGAUUGUCUGACUCCUCUGUACGAACAAUCAUUCACGAAAUGGAAAACUUAUCGCGUGCAUUGCUAAGUCUUGCCUAUUGGCAACCCAAGGGCAGGUGCUGUCCUAAUAAACGCUAUGUGAUACCGCGGGAGCAGCCAAUAAAUAGGAUCAAGAACCUAAACAACGUUCUCCUACCCACCCUGAGUCUACCUGUGAGACCGUCGGGCAAUUACAACGACGUAGUCGGUGUAAGGUCAUAUCAGGAUUCCUGUGAAUUCGUUGGUGGCGUGAACGCGCCCAAAAAGGUCAUCUGCAUCGGUACCAAUGGUGUGCAACGCCGGCAAUUAGUCAAGGGGAAAGACGAUCUAAGGCAAGACGCGGUGAUGCAGCAAGUGUUCACUGUGAUGAACACCCUGCUACGUACGUGUAAAGAAACGCAACGGCGGAGUCUACGUAUCAGAACGUACAAAGUGGUGCCGCUGACGCAAAGGUCGGGCGUGCUAGAGUGGUGUGAUAAUACGGUGCCUAUUACGGUGACUUUGAUAGGCAGCUCGGACAAUCCAGGUAUGCACAAGAAAUAUUAUCCGCGCGGCCUGACUGCGGAAGCUGCCAGAGACAAGAUGAGGAUUGUCGCGCAAGAAUCAAACGAGAUAAAAUUGAGAGUCUUUCUUGAAUGCUGCAAACGUAUGAAGCCAGCGUUCCAUCAUUUCUUCGAGGAGAAGUAUCGAUCGCCUGAAACCUGGGUCGAGAGGACUCUAACAUACACACGUAGCGUUGCCACUACGUCUAUCGCGGGUUACAUUUUAGGCCUCGGCGACAGACACUUGAGCAACAUCCUCGUAGACGAGCACACCGCCGAGGUGGUGCAUAUCGAUUUUGGUGUGGCUUUUGAACAGGGCAAGGUUCUACCCAUUCCCGAGACAAUUCCUUUUAGGCUAACUAGGGAUAUCGAAGUCGCCAUGGGUGCCUCUGGAAUCGAGGGCACUAUGAGGCGCAGUUGUGAAGUGACUAUGACAAUGCUGCGCGAUCAGAGGCAGAUUAUUAUCACUCUCCUUCAAGUUUUACUGUAUGAUCCACUCUUCACGUGGGCGAUCACACCGGAGAAGGCCUGCAAAAUGCAGAGUGACGUCAUAAAGCGUUUCUCAGAAAAUAGUGGACGAGUACCUGUGGAAACCAACACGAUCGCCAAGAGAGCUCUUUUAAGGAUCGAACAGAAGCUGCAAGGCACUGAGGACGGUCUGGUGUCCAGUGUUCCCGGACAGGUCGAGAGACUCCUGCAGGAAGCGCGAGAUCCUGCGAAUCUAUGUCGAGUUUACUGUGGCUGGCAACCAUAUUUGUGAAUACCCGGUGAAUAACUACCCAGUGUUCCUACCCAGUGUUCAUAUCCAGUGGAUAUUGCCUAGGAUAAGCCUUUUAUAUGUUACUUAAUUUAUAAUGUACAUUCCAAAGUAUUUU